CUGGCCAUGUGCUUAGCAUGACCAGGAGCAGCCCCAGCUUGGGAUAAGAAGGAAGCCAAAGGGCAGAAUAGACAGAACAAGGGCAUUCCAAACUAGUGGCUUCCACCAAGUAUGUAGACUGGCAGCAGCAGGGCUGAGACAGCAGUAAUAUUGCUCUGUAUAUCUGAGAAGGUCAGCCUGUGCAGAAUGCUGCCACCCAAAGACUUCAGAGCUGGGAUCUGGGGAGACUGGCAAGAGGGCAGUGAUGGUGGAAGAGGCAUGGGAGAGGGCUUCAGACCCUCAGGGCAUUCCAGGAUGAGGUGCAGCUGUGUGAGGGAGGUGACGAUCCCCAGAGUCACAGGAACAGGCUUUCCCCCUGUGACUGCUCUGGCACUGAGGACAGCUUAGCUCAUCUCUCACAACUCGUGUUGUUAAGCCCUCAGGACAAAGUGUUACAUGAUUUGGACAUGUCUUCUCAGCAGGAACUAUGUGAAUCUCAGCUGGGAAGGCUGAUUUUUUAAACUAGAGAACAUCGUGGAAACGCAAAUGAGCACAGGUUUAUGGCUGAAGGAAGGGUUCCUUACUCACCUAGAGCUCAGCUCUUGUGCAGUGAAGAACAUCGCUUUCCAGAGGCCACCACUCACUCUGUCUGAGUGGCUGACCUGCUGUCCCACCAGGCCUGUGAAGAGAAUCAAAAAAUCUCUUAGCAACAAGAUGACUUCAAGACAGUCAAAGACCAGUCUGAAAAAGGCCUAUGGAUCUAGCAAAGAAGAACCAGAAGAUGACUACAUCACACCGGGGGCCUUUGAGCUGGAGCGGCUCUUUUGGAAGGGCAGUCCCCAGUACACCCACGUCAAUGAGGUCUGGCCUAAACUCUACAUUGGAGAUGAGGCCACAGCACUGGACCGGUAUAGUUUGGAGAAAUCUGGCUUCACCCACGUCCUGAAUGCUGCCCAUGGCCGAUGGAAUGUAGACACGGGCCCAGAGUACUACCGAGACAUGGCCAUCGAAUACCACGGAGUGGAAGCUGACGAUCUCCCCACCUUUAACCUCAGCGAGUUCUUUUAUUCGGCCGCGGAGUUCAUCGACACCGCUCUCCAAAGCGAUAGGAAUAAGAUUCUAGUUCACUGUGCUAUGGGCCGUAGUCGCUCGGCUACCUUGGUCUUGGCAUACCUGAUGAUUUACAGGAACAUGACAGUGGUGGAGGCCAUUGAACAAGUCGCCAAGAAUCGCUGUGUUCUGCCCAAUCGUGGGUUUCUCAAACAGCUCCGGGAACUGGACAAACAGCUUCUCCUCCAAAGGCAGAAUGCUCAGUCUAAUGAAGAAGAGAACUUGGAAGAGAAAGAAAUCUAAGGCUUGAAGACCCCUUCACACACAGUUGCCCCAAAAUACUCUGUGCUGGAGAAACAUAUUUUUAAAAAGACAAACAAAAACCCCAACAGUCCCUUAAAGUCCUUUGGCACGAAGAAGGAAAACAUGGAAGCGAGCCAUUAUUUCUUUGGAAUCGUUUUAAGCAUCACAGAGAGCACUAUGGAGCAUUUUAGGAGAUCCUAUAAAACCUACACUCCCUAAGCUGCUACCCUUCAGGGUUUAAAUCUUUGUUUCACAACAAGAGGAAAAGGCAAAGGAUUUUAUUGUGGAAUCGGCUGCAGAUGAGCAUGUAGCGCUUUAGUGAAACACAUCAGUCUGUAAUGGGGAGGUGGGAAUGAUUGGAAAACGUAGAAACUGUGCUACGAUUCAAACUUCUGGUCCUGUCUUGGAGGAAAGGCACGUUUUCCCAUGGACCAUUUUUUCUUUUUUUACAACACAAAUUUUAUAGCAACCAAAAAGCGGGCUUAAGGCAUUAGGGGUGUGUUACAAGAGUGUCAUGUUAACACAUCACCACCUGUGGGUAUUUCCCGAUUCUCUUUCCAUAUCUCUGUUCAUAGUGCCGAGCACUGUCCUUUCAUCAUCUCAUCCUGGGCCACCCAGGAUCUGUUCUGGGCUUACUGCAGCAUUCAUUAAUGCUACCUUUGGGGAGUGAUUACCUGAGCAGGCUGGUGCACGUGCAAAAUGGCCCUUACCAGAAUUUACAACCUAGCUUCCUAAUGCCUCAUCUGAUAGGUCUGACACAAAUACCCAGACUCACUCCACCUCUCUAUAGUUACAAAGAACAGAUGAGUCUGAAAGGGUCAGGGUAGAAUAAAAGCAAGAAUAGGGGUCAUCUGUCAAUUUCUUUUUUCUGAGAGAUCUUUUCCUAUCCCACGCAUGGAAUCAUAUAAUAUUAGAGCUGUAAUGGAUCUUCAAGUACAUCUAGUCUAAUUUUCUUACUUUACAGAUGAGGAAACUGAGGCACUGAGAGUGUAGUUUGCACAAGGUCAGAUAGCUAACCUGGUGCCAUAGUAAUUACUAGAACCUAGAUCUCUAUUUACUUUUCCCAUUUUACCAUACUGCUUUUCUUAAAAAGGAGUUGUAUUAAAAUAGUAGCUUUAAAAUCAGUAGUAGCGGCAAGUUAGGUGGUGCAGUGGAUAAAGCACUGGGCCUGAAGUCAGGAAGACCCAAAUUCAAAUCUGGUCUCAGACACGU